CACCACCCAGAGCCUCCCUCGCCUCUCUCUCGAUCUCGACAACACAGCUUCGCUCUUCCUGCCGUACCCACUGCGUCUUCCUACCAGAUCAGCUUCUCUGUCUUUCUCCCUCUCCCCCUCUCUCUGUCUACAGGCACUCGCAGCAGCUUGGGCCACCACACGCAAACCAAAAUACAUCCGACACAUCGUCAAGGCACCAACUGCGCAAAUGGCGUCCUCUCCUACCAAUACUCCUGUCCAGCCUGCCAAGGGGGCUCCAAAGGUGGACUUCAUGUCUGACGAGGAACUCGAGAAAGACUGGAAGCCCAAUGCCCGGCGUCCCCAAUCUACUAUCGCCCGCUCUUUCUCCGCCGAACUCGAGGGCAUUUUCCGUAUCGAUAAUAGCGUCGCCGAUCUAGACGCCAAGCUUGACGAGCGCAAACAUACCGUCCAGACGCAGGCCACUGAGCUCGAGCUCCUUGAGCAGCGGAUCCGCGAAAUGGAGGAGCGGCUGAAGCGCAACGGCAACCCGCCGGCGCCCCAGGCCAGCAUCCCCGAACGGCGGCAGGUCGCGCCCCAGCCGAGCGACAGCACCCUCACGGCCACGGCAGCAGACCAGAAACACGGCGGGUCGCGACCGGGCACGGCAAAGGCAAGCCAGCAGGCAGUUCCUGGGGCGCUGCCGCCCACGCCCACCGCUAGUGAAGAUGGCGACGGCGAACAGGACCACUAGACGACAACAAGCAAGCAGCUGGAUGACGGACAACAAGCCUGACCCCAUAGAGUAAGGCGGAAAUGUGUUUUCGAGAGACUUGCAACUUGGCCCCUCCGCGGCCAUCAGCAGCGAAAAGAUACACUCGAUCGACUAUGAGAAGUUCCGGACACGUCCUAGCCAUCCCCGCCUCUCGACCUCAGCCUUUCCCUCAAAACCUUAUACUCCCAAUCCCAGGAUAGACGGUGGACUUACCAUGCACGGCCGAACACACAUCAUUUCAUCAGAGCCUGUUCAACCACCCAUUCGUUUCCGGCGUUCAGGAUCGACCCAACCUAUCUUUUUGCUUUCUCGACAUUGCCUAACCCGAUCGAUUUGAUUCUUGUGUAAUCCCUUUUCACGCUGUCGCCCAAAGACCCUCCCCACCCCUCUCCCCCGCUUUCUCGAGCGUAAGCGACUGGGGGUGAGGGCAUGGUUCCUGCUCAUUUUUCCGUUGCUUCUUUUUAUCUUUUCCAGUUGAAUCUAGGGCUUCUUGGGUUUCUGGUACAACAUCUGAGAGGCCAAAAAAAUAAUACACGCCUUGGAUGUUGACGAGCGGUUGGUUAGGCAUGGAUGGACGGGAGGGACAGCAUUUUCGGAUGUCCUGAUGAAGAUGAACCAUGACGAUGAAGAGAGGAGAAGUUGUUGGUUUUUGGGGAGCUGAACCCUGUCUUUUCAUCUCUUGUACCUCAGGGCUUAACCGCGAGGGAAGAGAUUGAGAUCAAGUUGGUUUAGUGCUUUGGAGAGACUAAGGAUGAUGACCCCAUAGUAUCAACGCGUAUUAUGUGUAAAUAAGGCCUGACUGGUGUGCGCCAUGGGCAGCUGAUAAUAUGCAUGUUUGAUUACCU